AUGGGUUACCUUGGCAUCCUUGUAUUGGCACUUCUCCCGCUCUCUAGUACUGUAUCAGCCAUCCCAUCACGCCCUUCGAUAUUAAGUAAAGUCCCAUUCCCACCGCUCACCGAUUACAAACACCGAAUCAAUGGCCUGUGGAAGAAAAACAAUCACAGAAGCACUGUUCGUCGAGCAACAAACGACUCAGACUCGGCGAACCUAUGGGUUGUAGAUACCCUGUAUGAAGGUCAAGACUUUUUCGACCAAUUUGAUUUCUACACGGGAAGUGAUCCUACCAAUGGACAAGUCCAAUACGUAGAUCGCGAUACAGCAUUUAACGAAAGUCUAGCCUAUGUGACGAGCGACGACAAGAUUGUUAUGAAAGUUGAUAAUACCACUUGGUUAACCCAGGGACAGAACCGAAAGAGCGUGCGAAUUCAAUCCAAGAAACGAUUCAAUGGGGGACUUUUCAUUCUUGAUUUGGAAAAGGCACCUCAUGGGUGUGGUACAUGGCCUGCAUUCUGGACUGUUGGACCAAACUGGCCUGCCGGCGGAGAAAUAGAUAUUUUUGAGGGCGUACACGAAAAUACCCGAAACCAAGCGACAUUCCAUACCGCGGACGGAUGUACGAUCACAAAUCCACAAAAUUUUACUGGCGAGAUGCUGGCAAGCAAUUGUUAUGCAUAUGCAGACAAUAACGCCGGGUGCGGUCUCAUCAACGACAGUGCUGCGAGCUUCGGAGCUCCGUUUAAUGCUGUUGGGGGUGGGGUGUUUGCGAGUCGGUGGGAUUCGAAUGGAGUUUGGAUUUGGUUCUUCCAUCGCUCAACGAUCCCGAACGAUAUUACCAACAAAGUUCCCAAUCCCUCACUGUGGGGAAAACCAACGGCAUUGUUAUCAAAUAGCUCGUGCCCCCCGAACAAGUAUUUCUGGGACCAUCAGAUCGUCUUUGAUAUAACCUUCUGUGGUGAUUGGGCAGGCGCCUCGUACUCUGUAGACGGAUGCCCUGGUACCUGUUCGGACCACGUACUGGACCCCAAUAACUUCUAUAACACAACUUGGUUAAUCAAUUACGUUCACGUGUUUAGAAACGCUCAUGUGAGCGGGAGUUUGAACGCUGCCAUGCCUCGCAUAUCGCCCAUAACCAGUGGCCCCUUGGCUCUCGUCCUGGUGGCGUUGGCAGCGGCGCUGUCGUGGAGCACUUUGAGCAGCGAUGAGGUAAACACCCCGCCUCAUGUGUUUGAAAUUAAGGACUUGGCAUCGCGCUCGAUUUCAGAACUGGACGAACGACCCAUCGACGCCUACCCUCCCCCUACCUUCAAAUCACUUACGACCCUGCCCAUAGACGACCCUACUGGACCACCCAUACUUAAAAUGAUGAACAAAAACGCCGAGCCUUUUCGUGGCCGCAACGUGGUUCUUGUGUUGGGGGCUCUGGCCGCUCAAAGCCAUGCACUUUCUCUCCAUCUCCCUCGUUCUCCACCUUCCAUGUAUCUGUCAAAGCCCAUUUCAGCCAUUAAACGCGCACUUUCUGUCGGACGGAGGCAAAGCUCGAGCCCCACUCCGAACACCAACGACACGGCAAAUCUCUGGGUGGUAGACUCGCUAUACGAGGGACAGAGUUUCUACGAUGAGUGGGACUUUUUCAAUUACGCCGAUCCGACCAAUGGAAUGGUUGAUUACGUCGACCGCGAAACGGCCUUCAAGGAAGGUUUAGCAUAUGUAACGCCCGAUAAUAAAAUUGUGAUGAAGGUUGAUAAUACCACUGUAUUGAAAGCCGGCGAAUACCGCAAGAGGCAAGUUUCAACCAAAAAACGGUACAACGGAGGGUUGUUUAUCAUCGACAUCGAGAGGGCUCCUCAUGCCUGCAGCGCGUGGCCUGCAUUUUGGACUGUUGGUCCCAACUGGCCUCACGGAGGUGAGAUUGAUAUAUUCGAAGGCGUACACGAGAGUACCAAGAAUCAGGCCACGUUCCACACUGCUUCUGGAUGCAAAAUCACCAACCCACAAAACUUCACUGGAAACCUUGUUUCGGAUGACUGUUCGCACGACUAUGGAGGAAUGGGAUGCGGCCUCAUAAACGAUAGCGUUGCGAGUUUCGGAGCUCCGUUCAACGCUGUUGGUGGGGGCGUAUUUGCUACGAGAUGGGAUGACGAUGGCGUUUGGGGAUGGUUCUUCCAUCGUUCUACAAUUCCACGAGAUAUCACAAAUAACACUCCCAACCCUAAGAACUGGGGGAAGCCUACCGUUUUACUUUCUCCGGAAAGCUGCGACCCCAAGAAGUAUUUCUGGGAUCACGUUAUUGUAUUUGAUAUCACCCUCUGUGGUGAUCUGGGCGGUCCUACCUAUGCAACGAGUGGAUGCCCUGGAACAUGCGCGGAACAAGUUAUGAGCCCUUCUGUUUAUAAUAAUGCUUCUUGGUCUGUAAACUACGUGCAUGUAUUCCGCAAUUCUAAAGUCCUUGGUUCUAUACCUUCCUCUGCACACAUGACUUCACGCCCGUUGGAUACAACGUUCUUGCUUUGGACUCUGCUCUUCGCGUGUUGGGCCUGGCGCUCGUUUAGAUCUGUUUUGACGAACUAG